GUUGAAGGUCUCGCAACUGAGCGAUAAAAAAGUAAACAAAAUUUAAAAUUGAUUUUUCUAGUGAAUUCAAUAAGAAUAAAAGGAAACUAAUUAAUACAGUAGACACAGCUUAAUCCAUUUAAUAAUCCUACAUCCUCAGAUCUCAUAAUCAUGAGCGGUUCAGUGAGUGAAGGCCAAGAAAAGCAUUGUAGAGAUAAUUUUGGAGAGAAGGAAAUUAAGGAAAAUUCACUCCAAAAAAACUCAUUUUUGGAAUUUAAUAAAAUUAAAUCAGAUAUGGCAUCAGCGGCUUCAGAACAAAUCGAGGAGCGUGAGAAUGUGAACGAGUGGGUUCGUUUUGGCCUAAAACUUGCCGUUCAGAGUGCAUUACAUCCUUUAGAAUACAGUAAAGUGUUGAUUCAGAUCGGAUUUGAACCAAUAGCUGCUCGUCCAACAACAACACUGCUCGGAAAGCCAGCUCUAGGAUUGCCAAACAUUUUCCAAUAUGUUGCCUUCAUAAGAAGCGUCGAUGGUCUUAUUGGAUGUUAUAGAGGCUUAACGCCAAAGCUCCUUGGAACCCUUAUUUCCAGUCAUUACAGUGAUAAAGUAGCUGAUCAAUUAGGAAUGGCACGUAUUGAAGAUACAGAGAAGGAGGACAUGACUGAUGAUGAAUAUUUUGAACGCUAUCAGACUAAAUUAAAACGAGACAUUGUUGUUCAUGCUGCCGGUGCUAUUAUUACAUCACCAUUUCAUGUUAUAUCCAUUCGUAUGAUGGCUCAAUUUAUUGGAAAGGAGACAAAAUAUAAUUCUAUAAUUGGAUCAAUAAUUGAAAUUUACAAAGACGAAGGCAUUUGGGGAUUCUUUUCCGGACUCAUUCCACGUUUAGUUUUUGAUCUAUCGUGUGUCGUUGUCGCUAGUACUGCAACAUAUUUGGUUGGACGUCACUUUAUUCGUGAGAAGGAAGGCAGAAUGUAUUUCGGAAGUUUAACUUCAUUUGUAUGCAGUAGCAUGUUCUAUCCAAUGAAUGUCGUCUCGACUUGCAUGAUUGUUAAUGGAACUGGAUUAAAAGCUGGAUCAAUGCCAUUAAUGCCAUCAUACGACUCAUGGCGUCACUGUUAUAGUUCAUUAAAAUCAGCUGGCGAUCACAAGCGUGGCAGCAGUUUAUUCUUCAGAUACGUUAAAGCCAGUAGACCAGUCAUUGCCAGAGCCAUCACAGAUUAAACACUUUUUGUCAAACAAAAUUAUAUUAAAUGUUAUUUCGAAGAUUUUUCCGCAUUCUUCAACAGGAAACAUUUUAAACAAAUUCUUUUAGAGCUUUCAUUUUUUUCUUGUCUUUUUGAGAAUUAAUCAUCCACAAUGUUGAACUUAUUUCCAGAUAUAAAAAUAAAAAUAUUUGCUGAUAUAA